AUGUCCGCCCGCCGCCCCGCCGUCAAGGCCAUUAUCUUCGAUGUCGGCGGAGUCUGCGUCCUCUCCCCCAUGCUCGCCAUCCGCUCCUACGAGAAGCGGCACCACAUCCCCCCGGGCUACAUCAACCACGCAAUCGUGCAAACCUCGCCCACCGGCGCCUGGCACAAGCUCGAACGCGGCGAGAUCCCGCUCGACACCAACUUCUUCCUGCACUUCACCUCCGACCUCACCAACCCCGCCAUCUGGGCGCACUUCCACACCACCCGCAACCUCACGCCCGCCUCACUGGCGCCCCCGCCCAUCGACGGCGAGUACCUCUUCUGGGAGAUGAUGAAGACGUCGCGCACCUUCGACCCCUACUUCGUCACGGCCAUCCAGCGCCUCAAGGAGACGGGCCGCUACAAGCUCGCCGCGCUCACAAACGACUACCCGUUCCCCAAGGACCACCCGUACAGCGACAGCACCGAGCUGCGCUCGCUCUUCGACGUCUAUGUGUCGAGCAGCGAGAGCGGAAUGCGCAAGCCCGAGCGCGGCAUCUACGAGCUGGUGCUGCAGAAGCUCGGGCUGAGCGCCGGCGAGGCCGUCUUCCUCGACGAUAUCGGCAUGAACUUGAAGGCGGCCAGGGCGCUGGGGCUGCGCACGAUCAGGGUGGGGCUGGACGAGACGUGGCGCGCCGUCAGGGAGCUGGAGGACAUGACGGGGGAGAGGUUGCUGCCGCCGGGGGACCCGCCGAUUAUUGCGGCUUUGGGACAGGAUCGGGCGAGGCUGUAG